AUGGCUACACUAUCUGAAACAUCAAGUCUCGUAGACAACUUUCCACAAUGGGCAUCUAGUUGCCCAACCUGCAAGGCUAUCUGGCACCAAUUCGCAGAUCCCGAAUCUGCGCCUGAGGUCAAUCUUGGAUCUUAUGAAGAAGCUCUGUCGACCACGUGUCCGAACCACAAAGCACUAAUGCAAAGAUUCAUUGAUUAUGUCCUCUCUAUGGAACCUCGUAAUCAAAGUUUCAACAUGACUGACGUGGGAUUUCGGAAAUCAGAGAAAGGCUUCAGCACAACUAUCAACCAAUCUUUGUCCAAGGGAGGCUAUUAUUGGAACCUACUAUUGGUGAAAAAAGACUGCGUUCCCAACCAUCCAGGCAACGGGCGCUUGUUAGAACCGGAUUGGGCUGAUAUCGAAAUCAUUAAGAAGUGGAAGCACAAAUGCGUUUUCUCCCAUGGCGCCAAAUGCGAAAACCCUCUCAAAGUCUGGCCUGCUCGACCCGCUUGGUUAGUUGAUGUGCAGAGGAAAUGCAUUGUCCCUGGCCAUAUCCCCAGCAGCUAUGUGGCAAUAAGCUACACUUACGGAAAUCAUACAAAGCCGAAUAUUACUACGAGCGACUUCGCAAGACUACAAGAGCCAUUCGCUUUGGAAACCACAGAAUUCUCAGACCGUGUCUCACCAAUCAUUCGCCACGCCAUGUAUCUUACUUCAUUCAUUGAUGAGAGGUACUUGUGGGCUGAUGCACUCUGUAUCACUCACCACGACCCCGACGCUGCUUCUGAGCAGUUGGGGUCAAUGGGAGCUAUCUAUGCCAAUGCUAUUGUGACUAUUGUUGCUACAGACGGUGACUCUGAGUCUGGCUUACCUGGCCUUGAGGGUUGGACAUUUCAAGAAUAUGCAAUGGCGAAGAGAAAGAUCAUCUUCAACAAUCUUGAGCUUCACUGGGUGUGCAGAUGCAGUGUCUGGCAUGAGGAGUUGACUUCAUAUACUGAGAUUGAUGAAGAAGCCCUUACUCAUUCCAACAUCGUGAUGGCUGGCUUCCCGGAUGACUCGUCUCUUCGCAGAUACCUCGAUGCAUACAACCAAAGGUCUUUAACUUUCGAUGAAGAUGCUCUUCCAGCUGUCUCUGGCCUGCUAUCAGUUUUCGGUCGAUCCUUCCAAGGAGGAUUUCUGUAUGGAAUUCCAGAGAUGUUCUUCGAGCAUAGUCUAGGCUGGCGACCUGAUCUGAAUGGUGAUCUCCAACGCCGCAUCCCAUCAGGAAGACCUAUCGAAGAUCAAUUCACAUCCUCUGGCCUUCCUUCGUGGUCGUGGUUGGGUUGGAAAGGCUCGGUCGAUACGCGCUGCCAGACAGCGAUUCGGGUCGACAGCAGCUACAUUACCAUUGAUGGCUAUGUUGAAGAAGCAUUCCCCAUCACCGAGUGGUACACAAGCAGGUCACCGACCGAUCCACCAGAGCGAAGACGACGAAUUCGGUCGACUUGGUACGAGAAACGUGAUGGCUAUAAAGAUUUCACCAAACCUAUGCCCUCUGGGUGGACGCGCCGAGAUGCCGUCACAGUGCCAUCACCUCACAACGAGCCUCGCCUCUACCCUGAUGGGUGUGAUAGAUAUAUUUUUCAGCAUGAGGCUCUGCUUGAAAACUGGGAGAGGCCAUUGGAGUGGUACUACCCAUUCCCUGUGGGAGAUAUCCAGGAAUCAACACCUCCCUUCAUGCCAGAGCAGACCGAAUAUCUAUUCUGCGAGACGGUCAAAGCCCAACUAUCAGGAUACCAACAGGACUCCGAUCAGUUGCAAUACUCGUGUGAGCUCGAAGCAAAGCUUUGUGAUGGAUUAGGAAAGGCCGUUGGAAAGUUGCACCUAAAUAACAAGGAUUCGUGGGAUUUUUUCCCCGAGUGUGUGAAUGAAAGUGAGAAAGGGCUACUAGUUGAUGUGGUAGCGGUGUGCAAACUGAAAAGAUGUUCCAAGACAUGGAAUCGAGAAGAAAGGGGAUUUGGACUCCCGCUUAUUAAGAAGGAGUUAUACCUUGUGCUCUGGGUUGAGUGGAAGGAUGGUGUUGCAUACCGACUUGCAAGUGGAGAAGUAAUAGCAGCGGAAUGGGAAAAGUUGGAUCUAGAAGGAGUUUCUCUUAUUCUCAAUUAA